CGGUGGAGCCUGGCGGACACUCUCCUUUUUCACUGCCAGGGUCAUCCCUCGCCCCGCCGCCAGACCUGCACUGUCUAGCCCUCGUGGUCCGCCCCGCCCUAACAAUUGUCGUAUCCACAAGCCUUUACAUACCCUCAAGUCUAAUUCCUUAAUAAAGUGCUCUCUUGGAACGCGCCGAGUGCCGUAAACUAGUGGAGGUGUGCUAGUAUUUCCCAUAGUAUUUGUGGUGAGGGAACCUCAGGUGACGCCAGGUGGCCUCAGGUGACGCCAGGUGGCCUCAGGUGACGCCAGGUGGCCUCAGGUGACGCCAGGUGGCAACAAGGUACUCAUUGUUCACUUAAGGUGUUAUCAAUUGACCCCAAGGAACUAUAGUUGCUUUGGGAAGCAUUAAGUGGAAAGCGUUUGGUUGGAAGUGACCUCAGUUGACCUCAAGUGCUGCCAAGGGGCUCUCGAUGACCCGUGGCACCAGCUGAGUCUCCGUGACGAUGGACUGGUUGCUGGUUGUCCUCGCUGCCUUCGUCAUCAACUCCGUCAAGGGUGUGUCGCUCAAGUGUGGCGAGGAGAUCCGCCUUCGCAGAGGAGAGAAGAAGAUCCUUCGCUUCUGGAGCUCUCAAGACGAAUCUCUAAAUGUUGAUGUCUUGUCGACAAGCAGGCCAGGAGGAGAUGGGGCGGCUCCUGAGAACGGAGUAAUUACAGUAGAUACUCCGGGUACAGUCUCCUCUAACCCGGAUGCAACAUCCACCAACCUGGAAAACAAUUUACGAAGUGACCUGGAAUUUAACAACGAACGGAACGAUGCACCAACUGACACCGGAAGCUUGAACCAACUUCACUACUCAUUCGGCACCAGGCUGAGAGUCCCUGGCGAGGCCUCCACAACGAGGGGACCUGACCUGGCGCCACCUGCACCACACCACACCAACACCUCUGUACACCACCACUCUCACACAAUCUCACCUCAACAGAAAGAUAAGGAAAAUAUUAACAAAAGUCAGACAGAAGACGAUCUCCCUUCGCAUGAUGGACAAGCGCAGAGUCUGUAUCACAUAGACGGUAAAGCUAAGAUCAAGGACGUGAGGAAUCUCACCUCGGGAGACGUCGACACGAAGAAUGACUAUGAGAAUUCCAUCACAAGUAGUGAGGACACCAGCCUGUACGAGAACACAUCAACAACGUCUGAAGAGCCUCACCUGACCACCGUCAGCGCUGAAGCAACAACGUCCGCGCCCACACGUAUACAACAAGAUGCUGCACAGAACGACGAAGCUUCAAACAAUUUUUCGGCAACUACAUCCGAUUACGUGGAGCUAAAAUCAGCGAUCUACACAACACUACAGCCACCACAAUAUCUACGGCCUCAAGCAGCAGUCGAGUCCAGGACGGCCACCACCACAGCCGGGGACACAGACGAAAGGACACCAACAGAAGCCUCUGGAGAAGGACCUUCGAAGACGGCUGUAGACAGGGAGUCGCUGACUGAAGACACUGUGACAACUCCAGCUACGUCUGCCGAGGUCACGGUCACCAGCGUCGCUCCACUUGACGAUCAACAAACUGCCAAUGCAACAACCGCUACACAAAGGACUCCGUCUCAAGAGCCAGAGAGCGAGACAAACAAAGACGCAACACGAGACAACACAACGGGGACGCCGAAGACAGAUCAUCUGGAUGACAUUAUUUUCACAACUGCUGAAGAUGACGUCAUGUUUACAGAACAGUCUUUGUUAUACACAGAAGAACCAGCAACACAAGACACUCACACACGUGUUGUGGCGGGCUUCAUACAUGCACAAACUAACGACUCGCAGGUAAUGAAAACAUCUGCAGAUGAGGAAUUAAUGAGCAUAUCCGCCACGGAGCAAACAGACGCAAAAGACACCACGCAAGCAGCAACACCAACCACAGACAGACUACCAACUGACGCAAAGGAAACUAUGGAAGCAACAGAUGUUACCACAAACAGGCUACGAACUGACGCAGAAGAGACUGUAGAAGCAACCACAGACAGACUACCAACUGACGCAGAAGAGACUGUAGAAGCAACCACAGACAGACUACCAACUGACGCAGAAGAGACUGUAGAAGCAACCACAGACAGACUACCAACUGACGCAGAAGAGACUGUAGAAGCAACCACAGACAGACUACCAACUGACGCAGAAGAGACUGUAGAAGCAACCACAGACAGACUACGAACUGACACAGAUGAAACUACAGACGCAACCACGGACAGACUACCAUCUGACGCAGAAGAAAUUUCAGAAGCAACCACAUACAGACUACCAACUGACGCAGAAGAGACUGUAGAAGCAACCACAGACAGACAACGAACUGACGCAGAAAAAACUACAGAAGCAACCACAGACAGACUCCGAACUGACGCAGAGGAAGCUACAACAGUAACAGAAGCAACCACAGACAGACUACCAACUGACGCAGAAGAGACUGUAGAAGCAACCACAGACAGACUCCGAACUGACGCAGAGGAAGCUACAACAGUAACAGAAGCAACCACAGACAGACUACCAACUGACGCAGAAGAGACUGUAGAAGCAACCACAUACAGACUACCAAUUGACGCAGAAGAAACUACAGAAGCAACUACAAACAACAGACUAAGAACUGAGGCAGAGGACGUUACAGAAGUAACCACAGACAGGGUUCAAACUGCCGCAGAUGAUAACACAGAAGAAACAGAAACACCCUCAGACAAUUUACCAACAGACACAGAAUACAAUACUCAAUCAACAGAAACAACAACAGAAACCCAGACAACCGACGAAGAAGAAAUUACAGAAGCAGCUGAAGCAACCACAGACAGACAACCAACAGGCGAAAAAGUCAUCAUAAAAGCAACAGAGAAGUUACCAACCGAACUACAGGACAAUGGAGCCGAAGGCAAAUUAGACCGAGAGGCGGAUCCCACGACAGCAGGUGGUGAGAGUGACCGCGGGCAGGUCGCGGAGGCCGCCGGCGGCCCUCACACCCUCGGUACUGCGGCUCACAACGACACGCACUUCGUAUCCCUCACACACUCACCUAAAGACAGCGAACCAGUCACAGAACUUUACAAUACGGGCGCUCCCACUGACGCGAGGACGGAACAACCCACAGAACAGACCUUCAAGGACGAAAUCACAACCUUUGCCUCCGUCACAGAGAGUGAAGCUUGGGUCGGUCAAGCAGGUCUCAUCAAGCAGGAAGAAACAACUGAAGAAACCACUAGAGAAACCCCAGACUCAAUCUCAGAUCCCCCAACACGGGUCUCUAUAGUCACCACAGAAGAAAGCAUCAAAACUACGAGGGAAGAGGCAGUAAUCCCUACCACUGAACAAGACAUGGCUGUUACCACAGCUUUCACAGACACCACUGGCAGGACAACCAUGGACAAUACAGAUGAAUCUACAACAAAAACCGUCAUAACUGUAAGCAAGAUCACAAAUACCAGAGAUUCUGUUGGAGAAACAACAACAAAAUCCACGACUGACAACACAGAAUCAGCCACACGACCCAUAGUAGCUAGUCCAGAACACACAGAAUACCCUGAAGAUACAACGCAAAUUUAUAUAGGCACCAGAGAAGAUUCCAUUACAAGUGCCACAGAAGAAACCAUUAAAAAUCUCGCAGAAGGAACCAUAGUAGACACUACAGAGGCCAGUAUUACAAACUCUGGCUGGUUCGACUACGGUAUUCAAAAUUAUCUGAACGACAUAUAUUAUUACAUCAACGGUGACGUCAAUGAGACGACCCUGAACACAGUGAAGGUCGGUGGUGAAGGACAUCAGACCACGACAAUGUCUUCUGAAGGAGAGGAACCGGUCAGUACAGAAGCCAUGAUUACUGUUGUUGAGAAUGCUCAAAAUGCCCAUCAUAACGAGGUGGUGGGAACUCUAGAUACCACAGAGAUAAUAAAGGAGCAAGAUUUUAGUGAUGUCUCAUCUGGCGGCGAUGUCUCAUCAGGCGGCAAUGUCUCAUCAGGCGGCGAUGUUCUCUCUGGUGGCGAUGUUUUCUCUGGCGGCGAUGUCUCUUCUGGCAGCGAUGUUUCUUUUGGUGGCGAUGUCUCCUCUGGCGGCGAUGUUCCUUCUGGUGGCGAUGUCUUCUCUGGAAUCACCACGACCGCGAGGCCAACCGACACAGUCGGUACUCAACACAAAGACAUUUUUGACAGUAUCAUAGAUCGCUUAACUCAGGCUCUUGAGCAAAUUCCAGAAGAUGAUCUCUUGCGAGAAAAUAAUCCUGCCCUUGAUAUUGAUAGUUUGCUUGGCGUCCAGCAUAACGCAGCCUCUGCAGCACACCUGCCUGCAGAGCACCGCAAUUCUGUCCUACCAACCACACACCGGCCCACGGAGCACAGUGAUUUAGUAUUACCAACCAUGCACCACACCAGCGACAACGGAGGCGACGCCACCACGCAGCUAAGCACACCUGGCCUCCUGCCGACGAUAGGCUCCCUUCCCAUGGGCGGAUUUCUGAAUCUGAGUGCGAACCCAAUAUCAGAAGUUAGUACCCAUACUUCCGUGAAUGCAGUGGACAACCCAAGGCAAGCUCUUGUCGAGGAAUCAGCGGAGACAACUACAGAAGUCCCAACAGAAGACCGGACGGAAGGUCCAUACUACGAAUACCCAAAAAUAACAGAAGAAGAUUUCAAGGGUUAUGACUAUUAUGAAGACUUAGUCGACUCCCUGACUGCCCAAGACAGGCCCUAUAAGGACAAGGACGAGAACAUAAGACAGACUACAAGUGCCACGGAGACGCAGGACGUGUCUGAACGAACUACCCAGCCUAUGGGCUUCAUCCACAGCAUUCCAGAAUUCAAUCCUGAGGUGGAGAUAAUUAAUACCGAGCGCGUGACCACAGUGAUCCCCGGGACAGAACAUGCGGGAGAAGAAUCACAUGCUGAUGAAAUGUCUGAUAAUAUCUCCAAAGAUGAUUUUGUAUUGGAUGGUGAUGAUGCCAGUAAAAGCGAAGGAUUCACUACUGUAAAUGUUCCCAUUAAUGAAAGAGAGGAGGGCGAGACAACCUCUCUUGCUAUAGCGGAAGGCACCACAUUGGACUCAGACACUGAUACUGACUCAACAACAGAAUUCUCCAUUCCUCUACUAAUCCUCCGCAACCAAGAGAUGCUCAACAACCUGUUGAAGAGUCAACACAUGAACAGCGAGAGCAAGGUGGUCAUCAAGGAACAGGGCAGCAAGGUCGCUAUCAACACCCCUUCUCACCAACUCGACAAGCAUACAACUGAGGACCUUGCUUCUCACGCCCAGGAUCUUGUUGAUACGAGUACCGUUUCUCUUCUUACACUUGAUGCAACAAUUGCACCAACUACUUAUCUGCCACCAGCGUCAGUAGAUCAUCAGGAGAAAAACUCAUCGCCAGCAGCUUCAGGCACAAUUAUGACAGGAAAUCACUCGGAAGAGAACGAUUAUGAAAAAACUGUCCCUGAACUUAGUAUAGAGAACACUGCUACAGAGUUAAAAGACACUGUUGCAAGCAAAGUUAUAUCUGCUCACCCACAAAGUAAAACUGAGCAAAAUGCCAUUAGCAAGAAGGAAGGAGUGAAGUACACUAUUGAGGGGUCUGGAGGGGGUGAACAAGAGGAGGACAUCUCAUCUAAUAUGACACAUCACAUCCUCGAGGAAUCAAAUAAAUCUUCGUUGGAACUCUCAAACCAAGAAGCUGACAUAUUACAGGAAUCAGAGACGCCAAACAAGACACCUCUAACGGGUAACUACAGAGGUACCACACAGAUGCAAGAAAUUACAAACAUCGGCCAUGUCUCUGGCACGACAGAGCUCAACUCAACUUACAGCUCACUAUGGAAGACAGUAGCUGCCACGACAAAUGUUACAGAGGGUGAUAGUAUUCAUAACAGCAGCGGUUCUCAAGGAACAACAGAAUAUUAUGACGCCACUGCUGGUGAAGGUGAGGGUGAUGAUGCAAGCUCCAGCUCAUCACACACUACGAUGGAGCCUGAGAUUGAUAAGACCACAGAAGUGUCUGACCUGGCUACCAUCCUAAUUCCUUACUCCUUUGUCCAGUACCUUGGCCAAGCCUCCAGGACCCCUCCCAGAGAUGAGAUCGAUGGGAACGAACAUAUAGCAGAACAUGAAGAACUUGAGCCUGUUAAUAGUGUGGAAAGCUCAAAAGGCGACAGAGAGGGAAGUCCAGUUCAUGGAGAGAAAGAAAGUCCUUUUAAAAAUAGUGAUGAACCUCUAGAGAGUGGUGGUGGAGACAUACCAGUUUAUAUACAUGAAGAAAGCUCAGUUCAUGGGGGAGACAAAAACCCCAUACAAGGUAAUGAAGAAAGCCCGGAGUAUGGGGAAGAAAAUCCAACAUACGUUGAUGAAGAAAGUUCACAAUAUGGUGGAGAAAGACCGGUGUAUGGUGGAGAAACACCUGUGUAUGGUGGAGAGAGGCCGGUGUAUGUUGGAGAAAGACCGGUGUAUGGUGGAGAAAGACCGGUGUAUGGUGGAGAAAGACCAGUGUAUGGUGGAGAAAGACCAUUGUAUGGUGGAGAAAGACCGGUGUAUAGUGGAGAAAGACCAGUGUAUGAUGAAGAUAGACCAGUAUAUGGCGAAGAAAGACCAGUGAAUGGUGGUGGAGAAAGGCCUGUAAACGCUGAUUUAAUAAUACCAGAGCUUGAAGGCGGAGAACGACUGAAGUAUCCUGCUGAAGGAAGACCAGUUUACAGCAGUGAGGAACUCCCAACUCCCACCGAGAAAAGUCCAAUAGAGAGCGAGGUAGAGAGUUCACCGUCCAGCAGCCAGGGAGUCGGAGGAGUCAGCCGUAAAGACGACUCUGAGGUAAAUGAGUAUGGCGGAGACUCUCCGUUCUUCAUCAAGCUGCCGGGAAGCCCUAACGCCGUGCCCGUCUACCUCCAGUACGAGCCCAUACAGGUCAAGUACGUCCCCUCCCACCUCCUCCAACAUAAAAGUGACAACAAUUCCGAUCCUGGAAGUCUGGAGGAUCAUAUCGACGGAAACGUCAAGACGCCAGAGGCAACUCAAGAGUCUCUGGAGGCAAAGGUCACGACCCCUGCGUCUGAGGAGCUUACCACGACACAGGAUGCCCCUGGGCUGACAGCUGACGACAACGCCCUCGGCAACUCUCUAUUGAAAGGAAUCUAUCGGAUACUGGAUGACGUAGCUUCAGCCACUAACAGUCAGUUCUCGAAUCAUCACAGAGAUAAUGUACAUAAAAAUGAGAACUUCACCCCUCAUAAACCAAUAGUCAAGACACCAGACCCGUUCUUCCUGAUGGAGGCGCCUCAGCUGGGCAGUCCCAGCAUCCCUCCGCUGCACGCACACCGCCUCCCAUCUGGCGGUGCUCACGACGGCGACGACUACUCCGUUCAUCUCUCCAGCAAACUAAACUUCGGGGGAGGCCGACCAGAGCCACAGGAAGGAACGGCGGGCAUUGUGGAUGACGUUCCUCUUGGGACGAAGCAGGAUAUUCUGUACCCAGGGGACUACUACACCCACAACGUGUACACCGGUGUCAACCUUACCUCCCUCAUCAACCCAGUGUUCGAACUCACCACCAAGACCACAACACAGUCACACGAGGAACGCAUGAACCCCCAGUAUACCCCAUUCCCCAUUACCACCAAUCCUCCGCGGAAAACUAACCCAACUCUACAUAAUAUGGUCACACCUCCGACUUAUGAAACAGAGUUGUCGGAAAGGCAGGGCGUCGAGGACGAUUCUCCCGCAGGCACUCGAACACACAAGCCUCACACCACCCCCGAGUCUCCCCCAAGUGUCGAGUACUCGCCCAUACCAGCCACCAAUUUCGAGGAUUCCUACGACUCGCCUUUCAUUCCCGAUCAUUUCUUCGUCAAGGAGAACCAGAUCGCUGGCGGCGAGCACCACCCUCCGGAGGGGUACCCGCUCUUGUACCACGGCCCGCAUCACGGUAAGGAAGCUACCCACCUGGACGACACCCGCUGGGUCUCAGCGGCGCCCUUCAGGACAUCGGAGGAGGCGGGGAUGAAAAUGGCGGCAAUGACUCCACAGGGCACGGUGAAGGACACCACCACCACCGCCCCUCAUCCUGCAGACGACCCUGACGAAGCUAACAAUUCCCAGGACACUUUCCCUCCUGCGUCGGAGCACUUCAUGGCACACAAACAGGCGUGGUCGUUCCCACAGUCCCGAGAAGCCCCAGGGGAGGACCUAGCCUUCAGGAGGCCCCUGCAGGGCAGCUCUGGUCGCGUCUACUCCGCCUUCUACUCGCCUCGUGAGAUCCCAGGCAUCGACCCCGCCCUCUUCAGCUACAGGAAGGUGCCACAGGCUCAACACGGCGAUGGGGACUUCACCGUGUACGCCUACGACACUCCGGCGCGCCAGGAGGAGCCUGGAAGAGGAACCAGGAGGAACCAGGAGGAACCCCAGGAGGAGGAGGAGGAGGUACCGGGGCAGUCGUGGAGAGGAGGGGCCGCUGGAGGCGACGACGCACCUCAGCACGUCCUCGGGCCACAGUUUUUCCAGUACCUCAACACACUACCCCACGCUCUGCUCCGUAAGUUCUUGGACCCCAGGAGCCCGCCGGUGCUGCCAGAGAGGCGCAGGCGGGAGGCUGCUGACACGGGAGAAGAGGUCUUCUGUGAGUGGAACAUACAGACGGAGCCGGGCCUCUACCUCCUGCUUACCUUCCAUAACCUCACCGCCGCCUUCAGCGUCGACUGUCAUGGCGCCUACAUCGAGGUCGAGCGGGGCAACAACGGCUUUGACGCCCGGUGGUGUGGCAACCGUGUGGCCCAGGCCGAGCGGCGUCCUCACGUCAUCUUCGCCAAGACUGCGGUCCGCAUCACCGUAUACGACGACGGAGACGCCUCCAGAAGACAACCCACGGGCUUCGAGGCGAAGAUUGAAGUGCUGGACCUGUUCAACAGUGAGGAUUACAACGAGUUCAUGACGUCCAACGCCUAUCCUCACAUCCGCCGCCUCCUGCUGGGCUAGACGAGCCCCGCCCACCUACGCCCACUUCGGUGCUGCCUGGACCACGGAACGUCACUGCUGCUCCUCGCAGGUGCUGCCUGGACCACGGAGCGUCACUGCUGCUGCUCCAGGUGUGCCGUGAUCAACGUUACGUGACCACAUCAACGCCUCAUCAACUCCCCCUCAACUGUGAUGGAUGUUACAGAACUCGUGUUUACAGGAGAAGGUGAUGUUGACCAUCUCGCUCCCGGAGCCCCGGUGCCGCCCCCGCCCGCCACCACCACACCGACACUCCUUACCUCAAGUUACCCACCACACCCCUCUCACUGUGUGACUGACAGACUCACCGUGUGACUGACACACUCACCGUAUGACUGACCCUCUCACCGUGUGACUGACACACUCACCGUGUGACUGACACACUCACAUCCCCUCCAACAACGACACUGGCUAUAGCAGCGGCGACGGACUCGACGGAAUGCGGACUUUCACACACAAAAUGUCAACGUUGCCUCCUGUUAGUUUGGAAGACGGCCCGUAAGAGAUGGCCGUAAGCUGACCUAACUUUUUCUAGGCCUACGAUAGUCUAUAUAUGUACUUAAUUAUGCCUAAGAUUGUGUAUGUUAGACCUAGGAUUAUAUAUAAGCCUUUGGCAGAUAAAGUUAGGCGUAUGGUUACUCUGUUUCUGUCUUUUAGAGUUCCAAUAUUAUUACUUGUGGACCUUCUUGACGCAACGCUGCGCAUUGUGCUCACAGUAGCUGCAGGUACUGUGAGGCGAGGAGCUCACAGUAGCUGCAGAUACUGUGAGGUGAGGAGGCCUGCUUGCUACAGUGUUGUGAGCAUACACACACACUUCUCCGUCCAGCGAGCCUGCUCGCGUCCCAGCCGCACGCUCCACCGAGCAGCAGCCAGUAUAGUGCACUCAUUACUGUAUAUGACAGGUGCACCGCCUUGUAUAUGACCCUACCACUGACGUAAACAUUAGGGGAGGGUACACUGUGCCCUCCCCUAGUGUUUAUGUCAGUGGUAGUGUGUGAUGCACGUCCUGCACUGUGUACUGUUCACUAUUAUAUCUGGGGUUAUCUCCAGGGGUAUCUCCAUGGCGGUAUCUCCAGGGGUAUCUCCAUGGCGGUAUCUCCAGGGGUUUUCUUCAGGGGUUAUCUAUAGGGAAUAUAUCUCCAGGGAUAUAUCCAGGGAAUAUUUCCAGGGGAAUAUCUCCAAAGGUAUUUCCAGGGGUUAUACGCAGGGGUGUCCCCAGAGAGUAUCUCCAGGGGGGGGGGGUUAUCUGCAGGGGGGCUAUCUGCAGGGGGUGGUGUGGGAGGCAGGCGAGGGGCGAGGAGGGCCGGCGUGGCGAGGCACCGUCCUGCUUACCAUCACUUAUUCACUCAACUUUAUCAACCAUUUGUACUCAUCCGUCUUAGUAACGCUAUUCUGGGCAUUUGGGCUCCUCGUCCUUGUCUCCUUGGGCAUUAUUGCCCCCCCCCUCCCCCGCUGGGGCACCAAGGCACCCCGACACUCGCCUCUGAUGGAAAAAAACAGUUCUGGAAUAUUGAACCUGUUGUAGCUGCUCUUAUGCAAGUUAGAGGAGGUUUUAUCCUAGAGAAAUUCCUGUAGGUUUUAGAACUGGUGUUGACAAUGACUGCGCUCCGUACUUUAGCAACUAGCAGGGCGAAGGCGCUGAGCACUAGCUCUGGCCCUAUAGCGUGUUGAGGACGCUGCGCACUCUGGCCCUAGCGUGUUGAGGGCACUGCGCACUCUGCCAACUAAUAUCCACUCACACCCCAGCUGCCUGAAGGUGUUAUGUGUGCAUUAUGUGUACAUUUAGAGGUGCGAGGGUGCGAGCAGGUGUGUGAGCUCCUCUGGUGCACCGUGUAAGAUGGCAGGUGUUGUAGACAGGUCUUGAUACUGGACCUUGGAAAGUAUUUUGAAAUCAUUCAAAAUCCCUUCCAGGGGGAAUUUAAAUAAAUCACUGUUUAUAACUGAUAUGUUUCCUGUAGCAGCCUAUAGCGUCUCGGAGGAGGUCCCGAGUGAGAUGAGUGUGUUGUAUUACUUUCCAAUAACUCCUCUAAUGUUACCAGAUCACACGAACACUUUGCCAGUAAUUAACAUAUUUGUAAUGUUUGGGAGUCUUUCUAUCCUGUAAAAGGGCAUUAUGUAAAUAGUUUGUAAAUUUAAACAACCCUUUGUUAACACGGACACACUAAAGGAAUGUACCCGCGUCUUAAUGUGGCUUUAUGUGUUGAGAGUUACCCAUUGUUGUAGUUUGUUAAAUUAAUGUAUCGCGAGUUAUUGAUUGUUGUCCUACUGAUGUGUAUAUUGUCUUAUGAUGCACAUAUAUCAUUUUCAUUUAAAUUAAUAUUUUAAUUAAAUUUUAGUUGGAAACACUGUAUUUUUUUAUGUAUUUUGUACUGAUUCAUUAAAGGUGAAGGACAGACCUAAGAUAUAUAUAAGUGUAUUAAAAAAAAUCGGAUAUAACUUACAUAUUUUCUCAAGAUGCUGUAUGCAGUUGAGAACACUGUACACAGCACCUUGAGAAACGAUGUAGGUAAAAGCUGAAAAUGUGUUCUUUAAUCCACUUAGACAUAAAUUGUGUUUCCUUCAAGCUCUACGGCAUUGCAGUCUCUCCGUUGAUUCAUUAUAGCAGUAAGUAGGAGAGUACCUGCCAGGGUGGAGCUCAAGACACACUGGCCGAUGCGUACAGCCAUACUGUACUUACCUGAAUAAAGUGUAGCUUUUGAGA